AUGAAGACCAAAAAACAGGGAGGAAAGAAAGCAAUAAAGUCCAUAAGUACAGCCGUAAUUCCUCAACCACCGACACAACACUCGCAACACGCUCAAACGCCUCAACAACAGUCUCAUGCUUUAAACAAUCAAAGUUCUCUGUCUAUAUCUCGUAAUAAGCAUUGGAAAUAUAUCUCGUCAUAUCAUGGUCCUUGGCUUCAACUUCCUUUGGAGUUACUCGAAUCUCUUUAUGUGAUCAAUAACGAUAGUGUAGCAACACCACCACCACCUAUUGAUCCCAUCAUUUUUGGCAAUUUGAUAUCGAUUCGUCGUUUGGUUGAUGAAGCUGCUGAUUUAUCGGUCAGAGCCGCUUCUGGUGUGUUGACUACUGGAGGCGGUCCUACGAGAAGUUCGAUGUCUCACACGCGACAGCAUCGGAUGCGCGAGCUUGCAGUCAACAAGCUCGCUCUUGCAUAUCGAAUUGAUGAAAUAGCCACUGCCGUGGUAACAAUGCAAUCGGCCAGUGCGAUCGAUGAAGUUGCUAGUAGAGUUUUGAAGAAAAAUGCUACAAAUUUGGAGGCGUUAUAUGUGAAUUUUUUUCAUGAGAAAAUCCCAUCGAGUAUUACGAAGGAUGUGGAGGUUCCAUUAAGUUUGGACCAACCUAAUACUUUGCACAAAUUUUUAUCUAUAAGUAGAAUGCUAUCGCAGUCUACGUCCACCGAUAUACUUGAUCAGAUUAUUGCGACCUCUCCAACGACUCCGGAAUUCUAUCGCACUCGUGGUGUUGUAAAAUGUUUUAAAGAAGAAUUUACGGGUGCCCUCCGAGAUUUCAAACUAGCAUUGGCACACGCCAAACAUCGGAAACGUGUGAGCAACGUUUUUUUGGGAAAAAAACCUACCCUGCCUCUUCACAAUCACCACAGUAGCGAAGAUGACGAAUGUACAGGCACAGAAAGUCAGUUGUAUUUUUUGCGCGCUGCAUGCUAUCUGCAAUACGCAAUCAGCUUGGUUGACAAGGCAAUUCAAAAAGUUGAUGGCGUGGAACGUAGGGAUGGCGAGGGAAGUGAGUUGAGAUUAGUUGCAGUUAAGAAAGGAGCCACCAGUGGGACCCCUCUUCCAAAGCUUGAAGAGUACCGAAAAGAACUCAUUCCGAUAAUUCAUCAGGUACAGAAUUUGGCAAAACGCUCGGUAAGAGAUUAUACUCAUUUCUUGGGUUUCUACCCUAGCUCUUUACCCUCAUUUUCAGCUAUGAGUGAUGAGGACGCAUCAAAAGCAAGCACCCCUGUCACAUCGAGGGAUUCAUCUCCCGUCAGAUCAUUUAAAGAUAAGGAUGAUAGUUUAGGCCCGACAAAUUUAACCGAACAUCAUAGUGACGUGAAAUUGACUGACCGGAAUCGUAAAAUGCCAGAAAAAUCUACUGGAACAUCGACCGAAACAGGAAAUGUUCUUACAAACGGUUCAGUUCCUGCAUGGUAUGCGAUAGCGCUCAACUAUGUUCUUUUAGGAGAUCUUCACACGGGUGCAUUAUGGCAUGCUAGGAUUGCUGAGAUGCAUGAAUUCAUUGAGGGUUAUCCGGUAUUUCUUCCUGCACGUUCGAUGGCGCAGGCAGACUACAUGGAAGUCUUGGAGCGUGUUAAGAAAGCCAGUAGCCUUUCGCAACAUGAAAAGUUGAAAGAGCUGGUAGAACACCACAAGAUGCUUUUAACCGCGUCAGAUGAUGAUAAUAGAGACACAAUCGACAUUAAAAAAGUUGGAAAAAAAUCCAAUGGUGUUACGCAAAGUAAGAACGGUAACGCGGUCACCCCAGUUGUUGGCAUUGAUGGUCAGAGACAUCAUCCUUGUUGCCCUCUCGCUCCUGGAAAUAAUAUAUCUCCAAAAGAUCAAAAUCAUAACCACAAUCAUUCUCCCCCUCCAGGUUCGUCAACGGCAUCUCCCAAUAGUGCCGGUGCCAGUUCUAAUGGUAACGGUAAUCCUGGAGGACCGAGACAGUACCCUUUACAUACGCAAAGAGCUGAUUCCGUCAUGAUGUGGUUGAGGGCUGUCAUCCUUAGAGCGGAAAAAGAACCUGAUGUCAAGACAUAUGAGGAGACAAAGCCUGUUGAUGUGAAAACGAACAAGGAAGCGAAGUCAAUUGUAAUAGAGAAAAGUGAUGAAAACUCCUUGGAAGAAAACGUUCCAGAAACGAAUGGGGUGAGCGAAACCGUUGAAAUUUAA